GGGGACUCCGCCCAUCAGGCUCCUGCAGGCAGGGGCCUGCCCAGAGGGGUUCGUCACUACUUAGCGUUCAGUUUCCUUCUCUGUUUCUCUCAGCCAGGUAAUGACACCUGACCAACACGCAGCACCGUGAGUCAGCUGCUCAUGGCAGAGAGGAACUGAUCACUUGACGUCAUCCGACUGGCUCUCCAAACAACGUGACAUUCAUUUACUGCUGCCCCGUGGUGUCAUUCCGAGCUCCCGCCAAGCUCGCUCAUUAGCCUACCCCGCUCUUCCCAUUGGUGCCUGGAGCGCUCGAAAUGACCUUUCAACAGGCUGCGUUUCCUCUCUCGACCCGGUCCCCGUACAAACAUUGAUAUUAAAGUGAAAGAGUGAAAUGGUGAGUGAGGGACCCUCACAUGAAGCCGCGGGGGUCUUGGAAUAGAAAAGCUUCUGCGCCGCCCGCUCUGAAACCAAACCUCCUCUGCGCCCUGCAGGAUGCCUGGAAACAUCAGAUCAGUAUCUGUUGCGUGGGCGGUGUUGGUACUCUGCAGCAGACUGAGCAGCACGGGCGCUGCACCCAUCUGCACCAACGGCCAGGCUGGCUGCCAUGUGCUCUCCCUGGCCAACCUGUUUGACCGGGUCAUCCAACACUCAGCCAGGAUGCACGGCAUUUCAAAUGACCUUCACUCCAAGUUUGAGCAGUACUUCCUGCCCAGCAAGAAUCAAGUUGGCCGGGUCAGUCGCAACUGUCACACUUCCACCAUCCUCACCCCAAAUGGCAAGGAGAACGCUCAGAGGAUGGCGAGAGAGGAGCUGACAGAGGUGAUUCUGAAGCUCCUGGUCGCAUGGAGGGAUCCGCUGUGGCAUUUCCACCAGAGCAUGGCUCACCACCACGACUUCAACAACUUCAGCUCCAACAAAGCUCUGGAGAUGAGCGACAUGGUGCACGAGCUACGCAAAGGUGUGGAGAGAGUGGCCGAGAAGAUGCAGAUGUUGGGGAUAAUAAGUAACUCAGUCAGCAGCCAGGCUUCUCCCGAGGCUUUGUUGCCAUCCGACAGUGCUGAAUGGCGCCUGAUGAAGGACUACGACCUCCUCUACUGCUUUCGCCGAGACUCCAACAAGGUCCAGAACUACCUAAAGAUCCUGAAGUGUCGCAUCGUUCCAGAGCACGGAUGCUAAAGGCCAGAAAACAGCGGAGGCUGCGUCAAACUUCCAGAAAUAGCAACACACUGGAAUGGAAAUGCUUCGGUUAGAAACUACACAGAUGAAGCUGUAGCUUUUGUUGUGUUUUGUAUGGGAUGUUAACUGAUACACGCACAUGUUCACUCCUACCAUGAAGUGCUACUGGAACCCCAGCUUCAUGCCUGAUGUUAUAUAGUGUGUGGACAAACAUAAGUUGAGUAUGGGCAAGAUGGAAUACGUGUAAUACAUGUUAUUAUGCUCUUGU